AAUGUGUCAUCUUUGAAAGCCCGAAAAUGUUGAGGGUUUAACCCUCGGCAUAAGAGAGGAGCAGUGAGUGAGUGAACCCUUAAACAUAUAAAACAAAGGCAAAGAAGAGAACAUGAUGUUCCUUCACCGGCAUCUUUGCACCACCACGACAACCUCAAAGUCAUCGAGUAUUCCUUGGAGGUACAGAAAGGUUGCUGUGAGAAGAGGGCAACAAGCCCUCACUGAGUACCUCCAUGCCACAAGGUGCAUCCCUUAUGUCUAUGCUGACCAAAUUGCCAAAAAUUCUCUUCUUUCCCUCACCAACCUCAUCACCAAGUUGGGAACUUUUUCACCUUCCAACUUCCCCAACAACCUUAACAAGUUCCUCAGGUACAACCCCAUCAAUGAAUUUGAGUUCUUCUUUGAAAGCAUUGGCAUUCACCCCUCUCACCACCCUUCCCUCUGGCCCCACAACAAGUACUUCUUUUCUGAAGAUGAGUCUCUUUUUGAUGCUGCUUGUGCUCUCUCUGAAUUUGGGUUUCCAUGGGAUAAGCUUGGUGUGUUGUAUGUUGAGUGUGGUUCUGUGUUCAAAUGGAGUGCUUCUGAGUUGAAGGGUAGGCUCUGUUGGUUCAAAAGGUAUGGUUUUUGCAAUGUGCAGGUUAUGGGGGUGUGUUUGGCUUUCCCUUCUGUGUUCGGUGGUCAAUUGGGUAGUGAGAUUGAUGCUUUGCUUGCUGAUUUGAGGUUGGUGUUUUUGGACUUUGAUUUGGAAGGGUGUGUUGAGGGGAAUGUGGAUGCUUGGUAUGAGGUGUGUAGGAAGAUCAAGGUGUUUUAUGAUUUGAAUGGUGGUAUUGGUAAGAUUGGGGAGGUCAUUGGAAGGAAUAAGCAUGUCAUUGUUGAGCAUGGAGAAGGGGAGUUAGUCCAAGCAGCUGGGUUUUUCAGUAGAUUCGGGGCAAAGAAGGAGGAACUGGCUCGGUUGAUUCUAGAGAGCUCGGAGUUGUUGAGUCUUGAUUUGGAGAUGCAGGUAAUUAAUGUGUUGAAGCUGUUGAAACACUUUGGAAUGAGCUCCAAUGGUGUUAAGGAUGUUAGGACGAAUUACGCUCAUGCAUUGGGAACGAUAAGAAUGGCUAAUCUGCCCAAUGUAAUGAAGGCUUUGGGUUUAAAUGAAUGGUUCUUUGAUAAAAUUAAGGAUGGGAAUCAUAUGUUGUUAGUAAAUUAUGUCGCAAGCUAUCCCGAUGAAAACCUAGAUAAACGUUAUCUAAGUUGUUUAGAGAAAAUUCGUGCUUCAAGAACCUCGGCCCACUGUAUCGGCAAGUUGAAUUUCUUGCUUGCCAUUGGCUUUGGAGAAAAUGCUUUGACCAUGAAUGUCUUUAGUCACUUGCAUGGAACAGGUGGCGAGUUAAAAACAAGAUUUGAUUGCCUUCUACAUUUAGGGAUUGAAUUCUCGAAGGUCUUUAAGAUGAUCAGCAUUUGUCCUAGGAUUCUAAACCAUAAACCUGAACUUUUAGAGCAGAAGAUUAGUUUCUUCUGUCAGGAAAUGGGGAAGUCAGUAGAGGACUUGGUCAGUUUUCCAGCAUUCUUAUGCUUUGACUUAGAGAACCGCAUUAAGCCUAGGUACAGAUUCCAUAUGUGGCUUUUAGAAAAGGGUCUGUCUUCCAAAAAGUAUUCCAUUGCAUCCCUGAUUGCAUCCAGCAACAAGACUUUUGUUGCUCGCGCUUUUAAAAUUCACCCAGCUGCUCUGAAACAUUGGUUUGAGCAAUCCUAUCCAAGCAAAUUGCCAGUGCAAUGAACAUGUUUUUUACUGUUGUGUAUGAACUCCUGCAAUUAUUCACAUUGAAUUUGUACAGAUCCUUUAGUUUUGCUCGUCUUCAAAGUGAUUAUAUAAGGGGUAGGUGAACUAUUUGGUACUAACUACUAAAUGGCCAGAUAACUAUGAAGAUACAGCUAUAUACAUAAUAAUACUUCAUUACACUUUAAAGGCUUCUCAGACAUUGCCAAUGGGGAUUUGUUCAUGUGGUUGAUCUUUUGCUCAUGACAACUGCAUCAGUUGGGUUUGAAUCUAGCGACCCCCAUUGGUGAUUUGCUCUAGCCUUUGGAGUGGGGAGAGUCUGCCUUUAACCCUACUAGACUUUAUUCAUAACAAAUAUUUUCAGAUGAUUCGAUCCUUGGACUUAGUGCAUCUUUGGAAUAUCUUACUUUUGUGUAUAAUAAAAAUGCUGCAGUGAGGGCUUGUAGCUGAAAAAGUGUUUUUUAAUGAAAUUAAGCAAAAACAAACAUAUGCUUACUUUUUUGCAAAGGAGCUAUUAUUAGAUAUCAGAGAAACUUAUAUAUGGACUCUUUAAGGUUUGACCAAGUCUUAAUUAGAAAAUGAGAUUAUCCCAAUUGUUUCCUAAUUCUCAAUGUACUUGUUAUUUGUUAAUAGUAACAACCUGACAGUGCAAGUAUUUCCUAAUGAGUUAAUGGUAUAACUGCUGAGGAGGUGGAUUGGAUGGGAACAUUUGUUUUAAUUUAAGUAUCAUUCACUUUUGCAUGACUUUUCACGUUAUUUCCUUUCCUUGUAACUUGUAAGGAUUAAUUGUUUAUCUAUUAACCAACGAGUUGGUCAAAAGGUUACAAGAAAUUCUCACUUAAUACUCUUCAUUUAUAGGUAAUUUAUUGCAAUUGAUAAAUUCCUUUCCAGUGAGUGCAAGGUCCUGACUCCUGAGAACAAAUCCAACCUUUGUUAUGUUGUAAUUGUAAGAAUAUAAUAGACUGUGUGUGUUGGUGUAGUUGAAUUAUUUAGGCCAUGUAGGAAGGUUGUUAGACAGUUGGCAAAUGCUUGAGGCCUAUAUAAAGAUCUAUUCUGGAGGGAACUCCUCAGUGAUGUAUCAUUUUCAUAUUGAACUGAAUAAAAGCAAACUCCACAUUGGAGUCUUGAAUCUGGUUGCGUUCUUGCGGUAUUCAUCCAUUCACUUGUGCAUUGCAAAUUCUGCAUGAUAUCCUUCUCUAGGAAGGGUGGGGCUUAGGGAAGGGAAAGGCCAAGAGGGUUACCUUCUAUAUUUUGUAACACCAAUUAAAGGACCCCAAGCUGGAAAAUCAACGAAGCCCUAUUUAUAGAUGACCAUCUUAUCAUUCCUGAAAACUUCCCAUGUUACCAUAUUUUAUAAUCACCAGUAUGAAAAGUGAUAAGAAAUGUCAUGAUGGAGAGUAAUAUUUGGUGCAAUUCAUAGGAAUUAUAGCUCUGCUGCAUGUUACACCAGCGCAAUCUUCGCAUUCAUAUUUUGCAGAAAAAAUGAUAUUUUGUCUAUGGUGGAAGAGUUGUAAAAUAUGCUAAGGCAUUCUGUUUCUGGAUUUCUGAAUGUUUGCAGCCUACUAAUGUGGAACCUUGCUUUGAGGAUAAGUUUUGAGCGUUUAAUUUUUUUAUUUUGUGAUUUAUUUUAUUUAUAGAUUUUGUGUAGUACAAUUUCUCUGCUUCAGAUAUUGGAGAAUGAUGCCUCCCUUUUACGUUAAAGUAACACUGCACUCCACAAGGCACUUAACCAAUUUGGGUAACAGAGCAGCUCAUAUAUGCAUGCAUUUUCUAUUUCUAGUAUAUUCUUCAUCUGAAUCGGUCAUAUUUUCAUUUUUCUUUCACUUUUUCAACGAUGUCUCUUUCGAGAAUGUUCACAAUCAUGGUGCUUAUUGCAACCUGAACCUCCUUCAAGCUCUCAAGUUGACCCAUUGAACUAGAAUAUAUCCCUUGCAUUGGAUCCAUUUCUCUUGCAUCUUCACAUGCGAUGCCAUAUCAUGAGGAUGCUUAUCUUUCUUUGGAUUAUGGAAAUUGUUGUGAGAAAUUCACAUUUGUUGAGUUUGGAAUAAAUAUGAAGGCACUUUUAGAAUUGAGGCUUGUCUUUUGCUCUCAAUGGAGUACUAGUUCUUAAUUUGCUGGGAAUCAUAUAUAUAAAAAAAACUAGUAAUUGUAAUGAAUAUUUGUGAAACUACUGUUACUGGAAUUGUUAAGUUUUCUUAAAUUGUUUAGUUUGUUGUGUUUGUACAGGUGCUCAAAUAAGUUCUGUGCAAGCACUAGCUUAACUCUUCAAAUGCAAUUAUAGAGCUCACACCAUAAUU